AUGUUGAGCGACCCCCGAAAUGCAAAUUACGCUUCAACAUUUCAAAUUCCUUCUUCAGCAUUUUUCAAUCAAGUAUUGAUUGUAAAUGAGGUAAGUGUAGGAGUUAUUUUUUCAAACAUUUCCGCUAUUUACAGGUAUCGUGAAGAGUUGGCUACAGCAGAGAUGAUUGGAAUAGAUGGUACAUACAAGACAGUUCCACAAGUGCCGGGGGACUUGCGAUGUUUUCUGACAUUUCGAGUACUCUACAAAAGUGUAGCAUUUCCAAUGGUUUAUUUUUAUUCUAGACAAAAGAGAAGGAAGACAUACUCAGCAUUAUUCACAGUCAUCCGCAAUAUUCUACCACUGAAUUGUGAUAGAAUCCGUUUUGUUACUGAUUAUGAGCGUGCUCUUAUGAAUGCUAUCCAGCGAAUAUUUUCAAACAGCGAAUUGCUAUGCUGCUGGUUCCAUUUUUCACAGUCAGUUGUUAGAUAUUGUUACCGAAAAGUUAAUGGUGUCUUGAAUUUGGUUAAGAGGCACGAAGUGACAGCUCGUAUUUUCAUUAUGGUAAAUUUUACAUUGCCUCAUCUACCUGCUGAAAGGGGUAAUCCUGGGUGCCCUAAUUUUUAUAUGAUGGAUGGUUAUCGUGUAAUUGUAGAGUACAUCUUACAAUUUCCCGACAUCAGUGAGGUGAUGAGUCGUUUCCUGAGGGACUACAUAUUGGAUUAUUGGUUUCUGUAA